UGUAUCGCGACGUUCGUCAUUCAUCAAUAUUAUUUGCUUAGUACAGUUACGAAGGUUAAAACAGUUACAUAAGUAAGGGUGCGUUAUUAUACCGUUUGUGAAAAGUGCGUUGCAGCCCAUCAAAAUAAUCCUGUGCCGAUAAACGAACUGUUCGGAGGCGAAUGUCAAAAAGCACGCACGCGAGAAAAAGUGAGACAAGCAGUGUCUAACAAAAGAGCAAAACACUGUUUUCGUCGGUCUCUUGAAAGUCGACAUAGUUUGGGGUGAGAGCCCUCCCAGUACGAAAGCGACGGUCGAUACUUCUUCCACAACGCCGCGGCCAUUUUGUUAGAAGUGUGCUUCAUUGGAGUCGAUCGGGAGUUUGAAUCAUCCGGAAUUCGUAUGAUUUUCGGUGUAAAGACGGCUGCAACGAUUUGAAACUACUGCUAAACUCGUGACUGGAACUCGCCGUACGGAUUUAGCCAACCCAGUACAAUGGAGGAAAAGGCGACGUUAAAAGAUUUGGACCAAUGGAUCGAACAACUGAACGAGUGCAAACAAUUAACCGAAUCGCAAGUGAAAACUUUGUGUGAUAAGGCGAAGGAAAUUCUUUCGAAGGAAUCAAACGUUCAGGAAGUAAAAUGCCCGGUUACAGUGUGUGGCGACGUGCACGGACAGUUCCACGAUCUGAUGGAGUUGUUUCGGAUAGGUGGACGGUCGCCGGACACGAACUAUCUAUUCAUGGGUGAUUACGUUGAUCGUGGGUAUUAUUCGGUAGAAACCGUAACGCUGUUGGUAGCAUUGAAGGUUCGAUACCGUGAGAGAAUCACGAUCCUGCGUGGCAACCACGAGUCGCGACAAAUCACGCAGGUGUACGGUUUCUACGACGAGUGUCUGCGAAAGUACGGCAAUCCAAAUGUAUGGAAGUUUUUUACGGACUUGUUCGACUACUUACCACUGACGGCUCUGGUCGAUGGUCAAAUAUUCUGCCUGCACGGUGGACUGAGCCCAUCGAUCGACACACUCGAUCACAUCCGGGCGCUGGAUAGACUUCAGGAGGUGCCACAUGAAGGUCCGAUGUGCGAUCUGCUCUGGUCGGAUCCCGAUGAUCGGGGUGGCUGGGGCAUAUCGCCACGAGGCGCUGGGUAUACAUUCGGACAGGAUAUUUCAGAACUGUUCAAUCACACAAACGGUCUGACAUUAGUAUCUAGAGCACAUCAACUGGUAAUGGAAGGGUACAACUGGUGCCACGACCGCAACGUUGUCACAAUUUUCUCUGCACCGAACUAUUGUUACCGUUGUGGCAAUCAGGCUGCAUUAAUGGAGCUAGACGAUGCCCUUAAAUUUUCAUUCCUACAAUUUGAUCCAGCUCCGCGCCGUGGUGAACCGCACGUGACCAGAAGAACGCCAGAUUACUUCCUUUAAGAAGAAUAUCAUUAGAACGGCAAAAAAGCGGAGCGCCAUCAAGCGGCAGCGAAACGGUGAAGAGAAAAACACACUAAGAACGUAAAACACAUUGGGAGACACAAACGCAAACAACUAGAAACACCCGUAAUUCAAGUAAAACCAAGAAAUUUAUGCUCGAUAAUGAAUAUAUAAGUAAUAAAAUAGAGGAAAAAAUUAUUUAACAAGGCAUGUGUAAGAAGCAUUGACACACACAUACAGAGAGCAAGCAAACCUAUCAACCGAUUCAAAGCUGCAAGAUAAACAAUUACCGGCGCGAAGGGAUAGCUAGCAAGGCUUAUCAACUAAUAUCAACAGCAGAACGGAUGCUCAAAGAGGAAGCGAAAGCGGUUCUUGGGGCGGAACAAUCAAGCUGAAAUUAACAGUCGCUUAGUGCGAGGAGGGAUGAGGACAGAUACAGUAACCGCAAAUCUUCCCGCGCAAUUCCCGCAGCUCGAGAUUCACAAUGGUCCCACCCGUGGCGAGGUUCAGAUAUUUGAAAUCAUGCUAAAAGCAUAGACAUUUUUACGAACAUGUGGGUGCCGCACUACAGGCGAAGAACAUUCAGUGGUAAGUGUAUUUUUGUUUCAUUAACAAAUACCAACACAUGUCUUCUAAAUGAAUCAAAUAAAUACCACUGAAAUACAAAGCAUCAUGCGAGGAAGUCGACAGGAAAAGGAGUAGAAAUCGUAUUUUAUAAAACCGAUUGUACUAUUUGAGCUGCCUAGCAUACGUCAAAGGAUGGCAAACAUAUUAUUCCGUCGGAUAGCGAGAUCAUGAGGUGGAAUGAAAGAAAAUAGCACUUUAAAAGGAAUAAGGAAAAUACAAGAAUAGGAGAUGCCUUUACGUUGUUCUGUGUUUUUUGUGUAACGGCGAGGUAGCCGCGGCCCCGCGGGCUGCCGAUUACUGUCCAUGCCGUGCGACCAUCGUCAUAGGCUUUCCAUCGUAACUACGAUGGCGCGUGAUGUACGCCAUACGCUAGUUCGUGCCCAUGCAUUGUGCUUAUCUAACGUGAUAGCUAAGAUAACCUUCUGUCGUUGCGGAUUUCAAGUUGAUGUCUUAAUGGCCAAACAUUGCAGUAGCGUAAUUGUGCAAGAUUUCCCGUCCACCCCAAUAGCCUACAAUUGUUUUGUCUCUUUAGUUUGUUCAAAGAAAAAAAAUGGCCUGUCAUAUUAAAUUGAAUCCGCAUGUAGAACGGCGUGUUGGAAGGCUGGCUUUUUUUGUGGCUACCCUAAGAGAAAUGCUCAUGAGCAAACGAUCGUCUCCAAAUAGGUAAAAACGGGGCCAUUGUCUGUCAUCGCAUCGUGCAAGAAUAGAAUGCUAGGCACGCGUUAUUUUACCUAAUACGAUGAUAUUUUGAACGGGUUUUAUGACCUGACCCUAAAGUUGCUAAGUAGAUGCAUGCCCCGGGCCAUUAAGAAGCGAAAGAAUGCAGAACAAUCAGGCUUCGGAAUGAGCGAUAAGCAAGGAUUUUGUGCUAUGAGUUUACAGCAGUGCUAAAAGGGUUUGCGAAAUUCAAAAGGUACGAGAAGAGAUUGCCCCUCGACAAAAAUAAACGCGUAUGAAUGACUAAUAAGUUGGGCCUGGCGCCCUUGACUGCAAUUAUGAUUUGCUUUUGUUUCGGUUCCGGGUUCUUGCUGUGCUAAGCUAGACGGCAAAAAGGGAAGGGCCGCUGUCAUGGGAAGCCUGUUAACGUAGAGAGCGUAAUGUUAACGGCAUUCAUGUUCCUUCAAUAUGUAGAAUGUGCAUUGGUUACGGCAGCCGCAGCCUCCAGUCCGUUGGGAGUUCUUUCUUCUUUAAAACAACGUACGUUUUUAGGGAAUCGCAAAGGUAGUUGUUUGUUAUGCAGCCAACGAUGAUAGGUGGUCGCGAGGUGUGGAUGCCACCACCGCGCUGGUGGAAGCGCACUCACCGCUACCCGGCUUUAAGUGCGAUAAAAGCUGAUCGGGUGUAUGCUAGCUUGAACGCGUAUUAGCGUAGGAAGAUCAAACGAAUGGGGGGAGCCCGUCACGUCGCGAGGAAGUGAGCCAGUGAACGUGCUCUUGAACUAUUGUCCCUUGCACCGAAUUUUGGGUUGCACAUGAAAUCGGCAAGGAAGCGGUAGCUAUAAAGAGACUCUAAAGCUUAUAAGGUUUGACUACUAUAUGCCGUAUCGGACGCUAAAACAUGUCGAAUGUACAAGUAGUGAAGCAUAAUUACAAAAACAAGCAAAACCCGGAAAAAAACAAAUAAAAACCACAGCUAACAAACAUCCAUUUACACAAACUCAUAAACCAACACGGAAAACCAUUCACUCAAACCUCGAGGCACCCGCAGUGGCUGAUGGAACACGGAGGAAAAAUCAAUAAAA